UGGUUGGAAGUUGGAAGCAUGCAGCAUGUAGCAAUGUUUACUGCGGUUAUGAAACGAGAUGACGUUUCUCAUUUCAAUAAAUGUAUUUUAUUGAAAUGAUCAAUUGUGUUAGAAGUUGAUGAUUGGUAACUAAAAACAGCAAAACGCGUUCAUCGUGAGAUGUAUUAGAAUUUGAGUGCUUCGUUGUGAAGUUUACCGAUGAAAUCUUAAUCAUAGUCAAACAAUCAUGAGGCCUGUUCAGAGAAGGCAACAGGGCUUUCAAUACGGUAUUUAUUUGCUCGGUAUGCAAGCUCUCAAUUUCGGCAUUGAUAAAAUUCCACCAGCUACUUUGGUUACGAUUCUUGGUCAAGUUUUAUUAUAUGUUGGUGUAAUAAAAGUUCCUUGGAAUGCGGAGGAAGUAUGCAUAUCCGCGUUAAAAGUAUUCAAGCAUCGAAAUUGGAAGUCUUUUAUAGUGUCUAGUUUUGAACAUGGUUCUGAUAUGCACUUAUACUACAAUAUGGUAUCUUUAAUCUUAAAAGGCGCCUAUUUAGAACCUAUGUACGGAACAAUGAAUUUUAUUUUUUUAUUGAGCAUUCUUACACUUGGAUGUAGUGCUAUGUAUGCGAGCUUAGGCUAUACCUUAAUGCAAUUAACAGGAGAUUACGCAUACUACACUCAGUGUGCUAUCGGAUUUUCUGCAGUCUUGUUUGCAUUAAAGGUAAUUGUAAUUUGUGAGGAACAGGAUAGAAUUCAUGAUAUUGGUGGUUUUAGAAUACCCAGUAAAAUUGCUGUUUGGGUGGAAUUGGUCUUAAUUCAUCUUUUGGUACCACAAUCUUCGUUUAUCGGGCAUCUUGGGGGUAUUUUGAUUGGUUGCUUGUAUUGCUAUACUUUCGUUGGCGAAACGAUAGAUAAUAUAAUAUGUAAUUUGAGUGGUAUGCCUAUUAUACAUGAAGAACAAUUUUACAGAAGACGAAAUUCAUUUUUUUCAUAACAUUUGAAGUAAGGAAAUUUUUUAAUUUGGCAAAUUUAAAACCUAUUUUAAACAA